CGGCGCUUGCGGCGCGCGCCCGCGCGCGUAUAAAGACGAGCCGGGAGGCAGGCGCGCCGACCGCCGAGUUCUUCUUCCUCAUGCCAGCCUGAGCAGCGACCGGUCGGGAGGAGUGGUGCGCGCGCGCGGGCCGUUCGACAUGGCUCUGGGAGCGGAGAUGGCGCGUCGGGCGUUCCCGGCCGCGGGCGGCGCCGACGAGGAGGUCUCGGCGAGGGCGGCGGCGGCGGCGUUCCUCGCCGCGGAGACGGGCCGGCCGGUGGACCCGGUGGUCUGGGGCGACGAGAAGCGGAUGAAGCGGGAGCUCGUGGCGUGGGCCAAGGCCGUGGCGUCCAUGGCGGCGGCCGGCAAGAACGCCUCUCGCCGCCGCCGCCGUCCAUGACACGCCGGCCCUGGCAUGUAUAUAGUAUAGCGUACGGUUUCCAUGCAAGCCCAAGCGCACAGGUUGCAUACUGAUACUACUACGCUGCAAUCUGAAUUGUGAGAUAUGCACGUGCUAUAUAUGCAGCUUGUUUGUUUAGCUACCUCAAUUAUGCUUGCGCCACUUGCUUGCUUGGGGAACACUAGCUGGUCCAUUUCUUCUUGUUAUAUUGUAGUAUAAUUUUCGUAGUGGGGAGGGGAGGCUAAAAUAGAUGCCCCAUCUUUCUAUUUUGUAUACUGUAACAUAUUAUUUUAAUUUCCCUGUGCAUAUAUACAUGAUCAAGGUUGGUAUGCC